AUGAAUCGAUUCCGCAAGAACAAGAAGGAGAAGGAGAAGGCCAAGGAGGUCUUGGAGGACUUGGAAAAUGGACCGACACACACUACAAAUCCCGUCUUUAGUCUGAAGUCCAAGAAGAAGGAGCCCGAGCCGCAACCAGAGCCCGAAUUCUCCAUCGAACUCCCCUCCACAGAUAACUUCCGGACCAGUUUACUCAUGCCGAAACUAUCGGCUCGCUUCAGCAUGUUGCGAGAACAGGAUGAUCCAGAAUCAAAAAUAGGGAAAGCGAGCGAUGAUAGUGUGCUGUUCCCUAAGCGCGCCUCCCGAUUGAACAUAUUCGGUCACAACCCAAGCAUGCUCGCUGAUAUCGACGAGGUCUCCUCGAAUGACGGUAGUCGACCUUCAAUCGCCUUGGGACGCAAAGACUCAUACGCUUCUGGCGUUGAUGGAGGAUAUGGUACGGACGACGAUCGAUCACAAAAUGGUAGCAUCAUGAGCAGAGCCCGCCGAGCAGAGGGCAACAACUUGUUUGGAGGGCGCCAAAAGGUCUAUCGGAUUCCAGUGCGGACGCCGGGGGACAGCCCGGCGCCCGAGAGCCCAUUGGGCUCGGGCAAGUUUGUGUACGACCAUGACCUAAACAUGUCUGCUUUCCAGCGCCUGAGGCUCAAGGAGAAGCAGGAGCGAGCUGCCGCUGAGGAAUCAACUCGAGAAAGCCUCACACAGGAGAAUGAGGAUGCCAAUUCGACCAUCUCUGCACAGCGUACCACCUUCUCUUCGACGGCAUCGGGACCUGCAGCGGAUGCGCGCUCCUCGACCGCGGCUACUUCAAUCGACGAAUCCCAAUUUAUUGUGUCGCAAUCACAAGUUUCCACUCCUGCAGAAGCCCACGUGGACUUCCGGUCAGCAUCUGCCAUGUCGACCCCAAAGACUGGCUCAAUCCGCUCCCCGUCGGCUCUACGGUCAAGGCCUGACUCAGGCUGCUCAGAACCAGCAGUCCUCAACUUUGAAUCGGUUGGAGAGCUUGAGCCGCCAGCGUGCGGUGCCUCCAAUCUGCGGGGUCGGCUGCAGAAGCUCAACAUUACGGAGCAAGCUCCUUCGUCCCGGCCUACUAGUCCUCCCUCAUCAGCGACCUCGCCCCAGCAGGCCACUAUUCCGGAACCUUCGCCUAUGGAACGCAUCUCACCCACGGCCGCCGCUUUCGGGUCUGCCCCUCCCCUGAGCCCGCCCUCGAGCGAGAACGAGGAUGGUGCCUCCUUGUUGGCCGCAGCACUCAACCCCGAAGACCACGGAAAGGCCACCGCCAUGGGUCUUUUCAACCGACCCGCCACCGGCUUUGACGAGCAGGCAUUCGCUCGCCGCCAGCUUCAGAUGCAACAGGGACGCAGCACUCCCCCGUUGCGGCGUCCUUCUUCCCCCCUCGUCGCCCUCUGCCCGCGGAGCCUGUGUAGUGAUGCGCAUCACGGCAUUGACUACUCCCGAGCAUCUAGUGUGGAAGCAUCACCAGGACGGCCUGGUGUGUCAACUUUUUAUGCUACUUCUACUGCCAGCGAAUCUGGAGACGAAGGCGAUGAUCGCGGAUCCUACGAGCUUUCUUCUGCUACAUCACUGGCCACCGAGUAUGGUCCCUCGCUGCAUCAUUCCUUUGCAUCUAAGCCGCCGACACCCACCGGCGACCACCUUGAGACGCUUCCCGAGGUGAGAUAUUCGGAUCUCGGUGACCUUAAGCCCAUCGAAGAAAACGUGGACGAGCCCCAUCCAUCAGGCAUGACUGGGGAUCACACCCCCGAGCGUCCUGACUCACCAAUACUUCAUGGCGUUGGGCUGAGUGGGAUUCGGUCUCAUCUGCGUAACCCAAGCGACAAGUCUUCAAUCUACCCGCCUCCAUCGCCUGGUCUUCCAGCGCAAGACUCCAUUGCAAAUAGACUCGCUAUGGAGGAGCCUAUCCUUGAGCAGUCGCGCAGUCCUUCCAUUGCAUCGCAUCCCCGAGAGGAAGAUAUUCCCUCGUCAACUGAACAGCUAGAGGCAUCAAGCCGCGGCAGCGAGGAUUCAUCCGAGUCCACUGCUUUCCCCGGAAAUAGCUCAGACUCGAAUAUUGCGUCGUGGAAAGAGGAGCUUUACCAACACCACCGCCAGGAUGGGAGUACCGAAACUCAGAAAGAGCGCGAAGAGUUCGCCAUUGAGCUGGCCGAGCGACGCAGAAAGGUUCAGGAGAAGCUGCGCAGUGUUGCAGAAAGCGAGAGCCGAUCUAGCAGCCCUACCCCUGGGCGAUCGACUCCGGAAAUCAAGGCAGGCAACGCUUUCUCUAUGCUGAAGUAUAAAUCAAGCAAGCAGGAGCUUCCAAGGAAUGAUAUCAAGAACGGCCAUAUCUAUGGCUAUGGCAACUCAUCCACACCUGCUUUACCAUCCGAUGAUCUUCGCCGCGAUGAGGAACGUGCUGCAUUCAACUUUGGCCGCCACGGCAACUCUAGCUCCCCUCAAGUUGCCGAGCGAUCCUUCCGAUCUCGGAUGCCAGCCCUCAGCCGGACUGGCCGUGACGCAUCGCGCGAGUCGAGUGACAGCCGCAAUGAAUCUCCCGCUCAGAGGGACCGUUCUGGUUCUGGCGGCUCUGGUCGUUCCAAGAGCCGAACUAGAUACCGCGACCGUGAUGAUCUUCAGACGGUGGACGAAGGCGCAGUUAUCGCACAUGACAAGUUCGUCAUACCUGACAACUUCGAGCCUCCAGUUCCUGCUUCAGUUCCAGGUUCAGCUCGCCCUUCGAUGGAAGGUAACGAGCCUGGUUACUUCGACCUCGCUGCCUCUGCUUCCUCUGGCAGAUACCGCAGCACCAGCCGAUCUGGAACCGCAAGCUUCCAAUACGAACGCCCCUUCCAGUAUCAACAGUCCCAGCCGACCUCAAUGAUCGGUGUCUCCCCGCGACCAUCGCCUGCGACGCCGGCCUACUCUGCCAAUGCCACUCCCCCGCUGAACGAGGAUCAAUCACCCACUACCUCAGCGGGCAGCGGUACCAACCCACCCCAGCGGGCCCCUGGUUACAACAUGCUCCAGAAGCGUCCCAUAAACAAGAAGCUCAUUUCUGAGCCGACAUUCGUGUCGUGCACAUCGAAUGUUCCUACCGUUGGUCUACCCGGAGGGUCUCCAGCAACUACACCCCCAGUGCCCCCCAUGAACCCUCGCCGCCGCCGCGGAACCCAAACUUUCAUCAGCGCCUUCAAACAUGACUCCUCGCGGGUCUCAUCCCCCGCUCCCAGCAUCUCCGAUGAGCACAGCGUCUUCCCCGACGACGAAACUCGCCCACGCUCAAACUCCCGCUCCAGAAACCGCCUUCGCAAGACCUCAAGCGAAGGAGGUAGCAUGAACGUGCGCGCUCGCCAGGAAGCAAUGGCGGACCCUGUCCCAGCCGUCCCGUCUUACCCUCCCCCUGCCAUUCCCGCGGAUGGUGGCAUGUUCUAA